AACAAAGCACGUAGCAGUAUUUCCUGCCAACUUGCAGUUGUUGGAAGCAUCAUCAUCAUGUUGGAGUUUGCGAUAUUUGCCGUGACGUUUUUGGUGUCAUUACUUGGUUUGUUGAUAUAUCUCUACCCGGGUUCUGCCAAGCCAAGUACUAUCCCUGGUCUGGAACCAACAACACAAGAGGAUGGCAACGUAUCUGACAUCAAUCGGGCCGGAAGUCUUCAUGAGUUUUUGUUGGACCUACACAAACAGUUUGGUUCCAUUGUCUCAUUCUGGAUUGGCAAGGAAUAUGUUGUCAGCAUCGCAUCACCGGAACUCUUCAAAGAACAUCAGGGAGUCUUCGAUAGACCUCCAAGCUUGUUCAAAAUGUUUGAGCCGUUGAUUGGGCCAAAGUCAAUACAGUUUGCUAACAAAUCUGAUGGACGAGCAAGACGCCAUUUGUACGAUACAGCAUUUUCUCAUGACAAUACCAAACGCUACUACCAAACAUAUCAGGACGUAUCGGACGAGCUGGCUAAGAAGUGGUCAUCAUUGGUGAAGGAAGAACACGUCCCACUGUCUGUCCACAUGUUUGCUUAUUCUCUCAAGAUCGCACUACUCACGAUGUUUGGAGAAUCUUUUGCUAAUGAUAAGGAUAUCCUGGAAUUCCGGCGGUGCUAUGAUGUGAUGUGGGCAGAGAUGGAGAGAAGAUUGACAGAAAAUGAACCAGAGAAGGAUAGCCCAAGAGCGAAAGCCUUUGAGGAAGCACUCAAAAAGUCCUCCUCUCUGACAUCGAGAGUUGUGAAACAUCGUCGGGACAACCCGCCAAUCCAAGGUCAGGAACUGAUCAUAGACUUGGUGAUUAAAUACAGCGAUGGCGAUGACGAGCUUCUCAACAGUGAUGCCAUCACCUACAUAGUUGGAGGUUUCCAUACGACCGGCAAUCUGCUUACCUGGGCAUUCUAUUUUCUGGCGUCUCACCCUGAGGUACAGGAGAAGGCAUUCCGGGAAAUUAAAAAAGAACUGGGAAACAAGGAGGUGGAUCACACCAACAUAGACGAUCUCCCGUACAUCCGACAGAUUGUGGACGAGACACUACGAUGUGCUGUUGUGGCUCCGUUCGCAGCUCGUUUUCAAGAUUUCGAGUCAGAACUAGGGGGACACAAGAUUCCAAAGAAUACACCUGUGAUCCACGCCUUAGGAGUGUCUCUGAAGGACGAGAAGUAUUGGCCACUCCCAAAUAAGUUUGACCCCGACCGCUUCAGUCCAGAGAAUGUGAAGACCAGACCUCCUCUAUCUUUCCAGCCAUUUGGUUUUGCAGGGAAACGUGUUUGUCCAGGGUAUCGGUUUGCUUAUGCAGAGGCAACAGUUUGUCUGGUGACCUUGUUGAGAAAAUUCAAGGUCAAAUUAGUGGACGACCAGGUGGUCAACCCUGUCCAUGGACUGGUCACUCACCCAGAGGAGGAAAUCUGGAUCAAAUUAGAAAAGCGAUAAUUUGUUGGCUGAAUUUUCCUUUUACAGAAACAUUGUAGAGAAACAACAAGUAGAGUCUUGAUGACGACAAAUUUUUAUAUUUAGUAAAUCAUGUUAACCUUGUUUGGUCACCUGCUGCAUUCAAGGGUUUUAAUUCACAAGAAAAAAAUAACUUCAAUGUACAGGUACAGUGUAUAAUAAAUAAUAUGAAGGAUA